AUGGCGGAAGCAAGCUGGGCAAGCCUCGUGGCGCAAGAAGUUGCGGCGUCGAAGACGCUCGCAACGGAGCUGUGGCCGGUGCUUUGCCAGGGCUUCAGGUCCAAAAGAGUAGCCUCCGAUGUGCUGGGCUUCUUGGUCUCGGCCUAUGCUCAACGCUGUCUGGGCAAAUCGGAUGAGGGCUCUGAAGUGACGAAUGUGUUCGAGGAGGAGUUCAGCGUCAUCGUUAACAUCCGACGCGUGAACCCGUGGUUCGUGGAGUGGCGGCUACGGUGGCCCGCCACAGCCGAGCCUCCACCCAAUGACGACAUCUUCAGAAGCUGCCCAGCACUGAAGCGGUCCAUGAGGGACUGUACUGAGCUUAGUGCGGUUGUUUGCGACCGUGGCGACUUCGUACCCCAGCUGCUGAAUCUUUUGCGCGCCUCCUGUGAAGAAGAUGCCGCACUCUCCAAGGUGGAUUUGGAGGAGGCGCGAGAAACGCAGACGAACUUUCGUUCCGCUCCCACCUACCUCUACAAGCAUGUCGUGCGCCUGCUGUUCACGAUCUCUGAGCCUCUGCAGCAUCAUCCAGAUCCCCGCUUCAGCCCCCACGAGAGUUUCAACGCACACCUUGGCGCGAGCCCUUCCGGUGCAGCCGAUCGAAGAGCGAUGCCGGAAGAGUUGACGGCAGAACGUCUGAAAGACUUGGCGCACCCGUGGCUGAAAGAGGAGGCAGUGGUGGUCCAGCCAACGCCUCUCGCGGAUCUUUCCGAAGAUAUGGAAUGCCUCCGAUUGAUUGACGGGGAGCUGAAGAGCCAGUCUUUAGCCGUCCGUUUCGUCGCAUGGGAUUACGUGAAGUCUGAACGCAACAAUCUUUGCUACCUUUUCGUCUGCCCGGAAGAGACCACCUUGAAGAAGGUCGGCUGGCAAAAGUCUGAUUUGGUAGAUGCCGAAGGCUGGGUCACACAUCCACUGAGGCAGUGUCAGUGGUCCUGGCCAGAAGAGAUGGAGGGGAUCGGACCUGUAGAUGUUCGAAGUAUGUGCUGUGGCGACGUGCCCAUCUACCGGCGGAUGAUCAAGGAGUUCGCCAAGCCGGUCAAGCAGCUGCGGGGCGAACUCGGUCACAUUCGAUUGACCGACUUUGGCCUCUCCAAGGAGAACCUCACGGAGUCUGCCCUGUUUCAGUCGUUCGUAGGCACUGUGCUAUACCUCUCGCCGGAGAUGAUUCGGCGAGAGGGGCACGGAACACCACUGGACUUUUACUGUCUCGGUUGUCUGCUGUAUGUGCUACUUACCGGCAAGCUGCCGCACUUCACCGGAGAUGUCAAUCAGAUGUGCGCGCGAAGGGCCAAGGGCGAAGCCUUCGAGGCGCCGGCGAAUUGCUCUCCGGCCGCUACGCAGCUUUGCGAGCGACUUCUUGAGGCGGAUCCUGCCGAAAGGCUGGGGACAAAGGGCCAGGCCAUGGAGGUCAAGGAGCACAAGUGGUUUGAGGAAGUAGACUUCCGAAAAGUUUACCGCAAGGAGCCGCAGCGGGUCUUCCCAAAUUUUCCACCGAUAGACCCACGGCUCACACCGGACCACAAUUUCAGCUCACA